AUGGCCACCGACAUCACCAUCCCGCAGCUUGGCGAAUCGAUCUCCGAAGCCGUCAUCGCCUCCUGGCUCAAGGCGGACGGCGAAUAUGUGGAGGUCGACGAGGACAUCGUCGAACUCGAGACCGACAAGGUCACCAUGCCCCUGCCCUCAACGGUGUCGGGCGUGAUCAAGCACAACGCGGAAGAGGGCGACACCGUUGAGGUCGGCGCCGUGAUCGCCUCGGUCGACGAGUCCGCCAAGAAGCCCGAGGGGGCCGCGGUGGCGUCCGGCGGCGACCCGGGGCUCAACGCCGGGGCCGAGGACACCUCGCCCGCGCCAGCGGAAUCGAGCGAGCCUCCCCAAGCGGCGUCGGACGAAGAAUCGCACGCCGGCGAUCCCGACGUCCGUUCGACCCCCCUCGCGCGAAAACUCGCGAACGAGCACAGCGUGGACCUCUCCAAGCUCUCCGGCACCGGCCCCGGCGGCCGCGUGCGCGAGCACGACGUGCUCGAGUUCAUCAAGGGCGGCUCACCCGCUCCGACCCCCGCCACGGCCGCGAGCUCCAACGGCGCCGCGACGGUGCCCCAGCCCGCGGCCGGGUCCCGCGGCGUGCGCGUCGAGCGCAUGAGCCAGCUCCGCCAGCGGAUCGCCUCGCGCCUUGUCGAGGCGCAGCAGACCGCGGCUAUGCUCACGACCUUCAACGAGUGCGACAUGACCAACGUCAUGGCCUUCCGCUCCCGCUUCAAGGACGAGUUCCUCAAGGAGCACGGCGUCAAGCUCGGUUUCAUGUCAUUCUUCGUGAAAGCGGCGUGCAGCGCGCUGCAGAAGGUGCCGAACGUCAACGCGUUCAUCACCGAGACCGAGAAGGGCCCGGCGGUCGAGUACCACGACUACUGCGACAUCGCGGUGGCCGUCGGGACGGACAAGGGCCUCGUCGUGCCCGUGCUCCGCGACUGCCAGGACCGCUCGUUCGCCGGGGUGGAAUCGGGCAUCCUCGAACUGGCCGCGAAGGCCCGUGACGGGAAGCUCACGCUCGAGGAGAUGCAGGGCGGCACGUUCACGAUCUCCAACGGCGGCGUCUACGGCUCGAUGAUGUCGACGCCGAUCCUGAACCCACCUCAGUCGGGUAUUCUCGGGAUGCACAACAUCAUCAAGCGCCCCAUCGAGGACCCGGACAACCCUGGCCAGGUGGCGAUCCGGCCGAUGAUGUACCUGGCACUGUCCUACGACCAUCGAAUCGUGGAUGGCGAGGGUGCCGUGACGUUUCUGAAGCACGUGAAGGAGUGCAUCGAGCACCCCGAACGGAUGCUGCUGAGCGUCUGA